AUGAACAUUAUUACACCAGUAAGUGAACCAAUAGCAUGGGUCUCCAGCUGUUUGAUGGUCGUGAAAGCAAACAAAGUCAGAAUCUGCAUAGAUCCGAAGGACUUGAACAAAGCACUUAAGAGGAGCCAUUAUCCACUUCCUACGAUAGAGGAAAUACUUCCAAACCUUUCUCGUGCAAAAGUAUUUAGUGUUCUGGAUGCACGUAACGGAUUUUGGCAUGCUGAAUUAGAUAAGGAAAGCUCUAUGCUUACUACAUUCAACACCCCAUUUGGACGAUUCAGAUGGUUCAGGAUGCCCUAUGGUGACACAGAAGAGGAUGCCAUUGUAGACAUUGACCAGCAACUGAAAGCACUCAUGAAGAGAUGUCGUGAACGAGGACUUGUGCUCAACAAGGACAAACUAGGACUUCGUGAGACGGAGAUUUUCCAAAGUGAUCACAAACCCUUAGAGCCACUUCAUACAGCACCGAAACACUUACAGAGGAUGCUGCUUCGACUGCAGAAAUACUCAACAAAGCUAGAGUAUCAUCCCGGUGAGGAAAUGCACUUAGCCGAUACGCUUAGUAGAGCAUACUUACAGAACAGUGAUCGUACAGGUGCACUCCUAGAUGAAAUAGUUCAUUUCACACAUAUACAGCGGACGGUAGGAGAUAGUCUUCAAGAAAUUAGGGACGAAACUCGACGAGAUAACACAUUACAGGAACUCAUUCAUGUAAUACUUACCGGAUGGCCCGAGAUGGUAUCUGAUGUCAAGGACACAGUGCGGCCAUAUUUUAAUUUUCGAGAUGAGCUAGUCAUACAGGAUGGAGUUAUCUUCUGCGGAGACAGAAUUGUGAUACCCAUCAGAAUGAGGCAGGACAUGUUAUGCAAGAUUCACAAGUCUCAUAGGAGUGGAAGGAAGUCUAUGUCGUGCACAUGA